GCCGGUAGGAGAUGUGCAGUGAUCGGUGGUUCGGGGUUCUUAGGGCAGCACAUGGUGGAGCAGCUCCUGGACAAAGGCUACUCGGUCAACGUGUUUGAUAUUCGGAAGGGCUUCGAGAAUGAGAAGGUGCAGUUCUUCUUGGGAGAUCUCUGCAGCAAAGAGGCCUUGCUCCCAGCUUUACAAGGAGUGUCAGUGGCAUUUCAUUGUGCAUCCCCAGCACCUUCCAGUGACAACAGGGAACUGUUUUACAAGGUGAAUUUUAUGGGAACCAAAACAGUCAUUGAAGCCUGCAAAGAAGCUGGAGUGUCGAAACUGGUGUUAACUAGCAGUGCCAGUGUUGUUUUUGAGGGCACAGACAUAAAAAAUGGAACAGAAGAUCUCCCUUAUGCAAAAAAGCCUAUUGACUAUUACACAGAAACAAAGAUCCUACAGGAGAAGGAAGUGCUGGGGGCAAAUGACCCAGACAACAAUUUCUUCACUACUGCUAUUCGCCCACAUGGGAUAUUUGGCCCUAGGGAUCCUCAGCUGGUUCCCAUCCUCAUCGAAGCAGCUAAAAGUGGCAAAAUGAAAUUCAUGAUUGGAGAUGGAAAGAACUUGGUGGAUUUCACUUACGUGGAAAACGUGGUGCAUGGGCACAUUCUAGCUGCAGAGCAUCUUCAGAAAGACUCUCCCCUGUGUGGGAAGGCAUUUCAUAUCACAAAUGAUGAACCUGUUCCUUUCUGGGCAUUCAUGUCCCGUAUCUUGACUGGCUUGAACUACGAUGCACCCAAGUACCACAUCCCUUACUGGCUGGCCUAUUACCUUGCCCUCCUCCUUUCUCUUGUGCUGGUGCUGCUAAGUCCACUGGUCACCAUCAAGCCCACUUUUACCCCUAUGCGGGUUGCAUUGGCUGGAACUUUUCACUACUACAGCUGUGAACGGGCCAAGAGAGACAUGGGCUACAAGCCAGUGGUGAGCUUGGAUGAAGCCAUAGAGAGGACUCUCCAGAGCUACCCCCACCUCCGCCGGGCUAAGGCCUGAGAAGUCCUAGGGGGAUUUUUUUCUACUUGAUUUUUCCAGUGCUUUGACAGCUUAACUCAGAAGCAAGCUUCACUAAUUCUCUGGAAAACCAAAUCUUCCCCAAGUCCCUCCUCAUCACAAUCAUCAAGAAAGAUCUCUCUGGGUUGAAAAAACUUCCUGUAGUAGCUGUGCUAGUAGUU